AUAAGGAAAUCUUAGUCGGUUGGAAUUGGUAAAGGAUAUGUUUUCUUUGACGCUAAGUCACCUUCCGAAAAUCUAUAUAAACCUAAAAAAAAACUUCCUUUAAUUCGCAAUUUUUUCUCCGUUAGCAAUUUCAAUCUGCUCUAGGGUUCCUGCUGCUCGUAAUCGCCAUUUCAAAUCCGAUCAUGUUUUCCUGAUUUUGAAGAACCAGUGGUUGAUUCAAUCGCCGUCUUGAACCAUCGGCGUUUUCGUGGUUGUUCGUUCGUCCGUCCGGAUUUGAAACCCUAGCUGCAAAGUGCCGAUUUGAAGCCUGUUUGAAGAUUCUUUGAUUUAGCUUGUUUAGUGUUGUUUUGGUGAAACGGAAUGGAAAAAACCACCUAUUCGAUACGUGUGUCAUCGAUGCAAUGUGCCUGGACAUUAUAUUCAGCACUGCCCUACAAAUGGUGACCCCAGGUAUGACAUGAAGAAAGUGAAGCCUCCAGCCCCAAGUGGCAGUGGCAGUGGCAGUGUUGGAGUUUUGAAGCAUAAUGAGGCUGGUGUAUCUUCGAAGGGUGUUGAAGGUUUGUCGUCUGCAUCCUCUUCUUCAACGAAGAGUUCCUUUAGAGAUAUACCACGAGAGCUGUAUUGCCCAUUGUGUAAAGAAAUGAUGAAAGAUGCAGUUAUAGCAAGCAAAUGUUGUUUCAGUAGUUUUUGUGACGAAUGCAUUAGGAAUCAUAUUGUGUGUAACUCUAGUUGUGUUUGUGGGGCUGGAAAUGUAGUUGUUGAUGCGCUCUUGCCUAAUCUCACUCUAAGGAGAACAGUGAACAGAAUGUUGUCGGAGUCCAGUAACAGUAGUUCAGAGCAUGGGGUUAGUGAUCCUCUUCCUCGAGUUCAAGAUCUUGUGAAGGUGACCACAAAGACUUCAGGGGAGUCAUCUGUCGAUGAGUUACAACAGAAGAAAAGGAAGAAACCAUGUGAUGUUGAUGUUGUAAACAGGAACUGCUUAUUAUCCUGCACAUAAUACCACAGGCAAAACAUUUCGGGGACAGUAUGAUGAGACCGGAAAAGAAGGUUUCAAAAGGAAGCGCGAGAUGAGCAUUGAUCAGUUUUCUAGUGUAGUUAGUUGUUGAAGGAUGAAAAUAUUUCACAUUUUUUGUAAUGUUUUCGAAUACAAACACUGUUUAUGAAUACAUCAGAAGUAUUUUUUUUCUGGUC